CUGGAGGAGCAAGGGGAGAGUGUGGUUGAGCCUCUGUACUGGUCUGCAGUGAAGAAGAUAGUGGCGGGGUACAUCCAGGCCAACGACCUCCAGAGGGGCAAGUGGAUCACAUGUGAUGAUGCGUUACAAGCUCUCUGCGAUACUGAUAGUACCACGCAGGCCCAGUUCUACUACACCCUUGCCACGCACUACCCCGUUAAGAGCUCUGUUAAAGUGCCCCGGAGGCUGCUAAAGCGGCAGGCAGAGGAGGAGGCAGCUAAGAUGCGAGGGGGAGACAAGGAGAAGGGGAAGGGGACACGUGGCGGAGGAGGAGGGGAAGAGGGAGGAGAGGAGGAAGGAGGAGGAGGAUGGAUGGGACAAGGAUUGGAGUUCAAGGGAGGGAGUGACGCAAGAGCAGGAGAUGGCAGAAGAAGAUGCUGAUGGGCAAAUGAAGAAUGCUAAAAGGCAGCAGCGUCGGCAGCAGCAGGACGAGGAGGCAUACAUUCAAGAGUUUGACGCAAGGCCUAACCCAGAGCCGAGCCCGGGACGCAAGAGGAAGCGCGGCCGCCCUCCAAGGCCUCCCGGGAGGAACCUCCCACCACAGCCCGAGCCCUUGAUACCGCUCCCACUGCUGCAGCACCUCACUACACCGAUCCGUUCGCCUCUGACCCUUUCUCCUCUCAUCCAGACGCCCCGGAAGUCACAGACCCCUUUGCCUCCCCCCACGCUCCCCCCCCUCCCCCUCCUCCGCCUGCUCCCCUGGGCCCGGAGUGCGGUUACGCGGCGGUAACCCUGGCGAAUCUGGGCGUGAUUUUCCUCAAGAGGAGUCAGCUGGAGGGGCUGCUGGCGGACGAGCAGUUCGACCAGAAGGUGGUGGGCACGUUCGUGCGGAUCAAGGUGCCCAGCCCCGCCAACCAGACAGAGGCCUGCUACCGACUCGUGAGGGUCACAGGCUGCACGAGCCAGACCGACAUGUACCCCGUGGGCAAGGGGCUAACCAACCGCGUGCUGCUCAUCAUGAACCUCAAGACGCCUGAGGCCACCACCAUCGACCUCGUCUCCAACUCCGAGUUCACCGAGGACGAGUGUGCGAAGCUGCGGCAGUACAUGAAGUGGGGGCUCGUGGAUCGACUCACCGUGGACGAGGUGGUUGCCAAGGAGAACGAGCUGCACGAGCUCAAAGUCAACGAUUGGUUGGAGUCGGAGCGAGUGAAGCUCACCAAUCUCAGGGACAGGGCGAGCGAGCGAGGAUCCAAGAAAGAAUAUCCUUCUGCAGCGAUGCGAUGCUACUCCUGCCCUUUCCUUUCUCUCUUAUCCCCUACCCUACCCCUCUUGCCUUUCGUUUGCUCCCCUACCCUGCCACUCUCCCUCCUCCUUCUUACCCUUCCUUCUCUCAACCACUCUUCAUUCUUGCCUCUCCCCUUGCGCUACUCUAUCCUUUUCUCAUGCCUUUUAAGGUUGCCAUUCCCUACUUUUGAACAACCAGAACAAGCCAGCCUUCCUGUCCUGUGUGCUCCUUAUGGUGUUGUGUACUUAAUUCUUAUAUCCUCUGCUCUCCCCUCUCCCUUAGUUCGCUCUUUCCUUCUCCACUCCGCUUUCCACCGGUGACCCUCCUGCACCCACCUCUCCCUUUCCCGCAUCCAAAGUUUCCCCCCGCGUUCUAAUUCCAAACUCUCAUGCUUUUCCUUAACCAAAGGACCACCCAUCACCUGCCAACCCUUGACCCGGAAUCCGCUGCUGUCUGAACCCUGACCCCUCGCCACGCAAUGGGAGCGCGUGCAAGCAUUGAAGGAGCUGGAUAAGCCGGCCUUCCGAGCCAAGAAGAUGGCCGAGUACCCGACCAUCGAGGCGGACCCCGACUUGAUGCACCUAUCGACUGGUGACUCGGAUGACGAAGGGAAGAAGAAGAGCUCAGACCCCUGGAGCCAGGUCUCCCCCCAUUCACGACUGAGGGGGGGGAGAGGAGGGGGGGAGAGAGUCGAGGGUACCUUCAGCGACACACACCAGCAGCAAAACCUGCAGCAGCAGCAGCAGCAGCAGCAGCAGCAGCAGCAGCAGCGGGAGGCAGAGUUAGAAUCCGCCUGGCGAACACAACUGUCCCAGCUGGAGCAGCAGCAGCUGUGGCACUACCGCGACCCCCAGGGGGACCUGCAGGGGCCCUUCUCCCUGGCCCGCCUGCGCGGAUGGCUGCCCCUUAACGUGUUCCCCGCUGAUCUGCACGUGUGGCGCGCGGGGCAGGGCCAGGAGCAGGGGGUUCUGCUGGCGGAUAUUGCUGCGGGGAAGGUGGACCCGUUUCUGCCGGAAAAGCAGCAGUUCUGGGCUGCUGCCGGUGGUGCUGCUGGUGCUGGUGCUGCUGGUGCGGGUGGUGGCGGCGUUGGUGGUGGUGUUCCAAGCGCGGCUGCUGCUGCUGCAGGCGCUUUUGGUGGCGGCGGCAGUGUUGGGACAGGGUUGGCAGCAGCAGGAAUUGGGGCAGCACCAGGGGCAGCAGCAUUUAGUGUGCCUAGCGGUGGGGGAGUGGGGCUUAUGGCACCUGAGGCUCCUCACGUCUCUCACGCGUCGCACAUUCCCCAGGCUCCCCAGGUUUCCCAACCGUAUGCUGGUGUGGGGCAGCAGGGCAUGCCUGUUGCCCCUUGGGAGGUUUGGGGGCGGUGGAAGUGGGGGAGGAGAGGGUGAUCGCUUUGUGUGCCGGUUCUUUGCCAGAGGGUUUUGUCGGAAUGGGUCUAGUUGCCGCUUCAAGCAUUAGAGCGAGACAUCAUGAUUUUUUAAAGAGAAUUCUUAGCGUAAUCAUAGGUUUAGGAUAACAGUGUGACAUAAGGUCAUCUUGGCGCUGGUUGAUUGAAAGUGACUAGUUUGGGAGUGUUAGAUGUAAAUUGCAC